CAAAAGGACGACCCCAACUCAACUGAAGUGGUCCUCAACCCCGCCUUCCCUCCCAAUUGCACCACCCACCACCACCAAAAUAACACCACCCACGCACGCAACCGCGACCAAAAAGGACUCCUUCCUCGCGCCCCGACGGAUCUCAUCAUGCAAUAGCAUAAACAGCAGCGAUUCCCAUCUCCCAGUUCGCUCGCACUGCACCAUACACGCCCGCCAUGACAUCACCCCCACACCCCGCGCCUCCACCGCUCUCCCUCCAUCUGGCCGACACAGCGUUGAAACCGCUUCUUUCGACGGCGGCGCCACCUUCUUCUCAAGCUAAGAAUCUCCGCGCCCUUACCACUGCUGCAUUGAGUGCGCACACGUCAGCUUCGAGGCUGGGGCUAGGGUACCCGGUGCAUAUCCUCGUUGAGACAAAGGAUGGCGGACCAGUGGCGAUGCAUGCGUUCCUCGACCCGGAGGCGAAGCGGGGGGAGGCGCUGAAAAAUACGGCGUUGCUGGAUGUACAUUCUGUGGGGGAGGAAGAGCCGCGGCUGCGGAGCUCGAGGGGAAGUCCUGAGGCGGCUGGGGAAGAGAGAGGGGAGGGUGGGGAGCUUGGAGAGGGACAGGCUCACGAUCAAGGACAUGCGGAAUUGACAAAUGGAGUUGCGGCGAUGCAAAUUGGUGCACCAGCUGCAGGAGGCUGCGAAGAGGCGGAGGAAAUCGGGCCACCUCUAGCACCGAUGCUGGUUGCCACUGUGGUCGCGGAGUCACAUAGCCGGAUGAGCGAAGCGCGGAGGGCGGUGAGGCGACUAGAAGGUAUGGGAAGAGGGUUUCAGGAGCAGUGGGUUCGAGAACGGGAGGAGGAGGAGGGGAGCGAGGCUACGUUGGGCGACCACCAAGCCGAGGGGACAGGUACAGCGGGGGCGAGCGCGCAGGGUAGCUGAGACGAUGACGAAAGACGAACAAUAAAAGAAGCGACGACGGAUCUAAUACAAAAAGGAGCGUUGCAUAGGAAGGGGAAAAGGUUGGAAAAUAGGCGGGGAAAUACAGCACCGACUUGAGCCACGGCGCAUCACGACCAACAGUGCAACCGCGCAAAGCGGUGCCUAGCUUUUCUUUACUCUCGGCAUAAAAGCAUUCCUUGCGAGGUCGCAGGAUGUGAGGCGUUCCAAAAACUCAUCUCCAGGCUGGGUAUAUAUUUGUGCCUUGAAGCACAUUGUGCUGCUCUUGGCUACGAGCCGAUUAUCUGUACAUAGCAAAAAGCGUGAACAUUGGCUGUCUAUAAUGAAGACUCUAUGAUUAUUAUUUGCGGUGACUGUUAAAUUGAGAAUGAGAAGUUUAAAUUUAUAAAUCCUUAAGGUGGAGAAGAG